AUGAAAAUCGCAAAAAUUUUACUUCUUUUUUGCAUCAUCUCUUCAGUUUUCACAUAACUUUCUUAAGGUGCUUCUGAGGCUGGACAACGUAAGAUCUUUAAAUCUACGGUAUUUUAGCUAUCCCUGGAAGCUCUGGUCCAACAUAAGGUGCCCCUACUGGUUCACAAGGAUAAUAAAAUACUUCUGGUAUCUAAUAAUAUAUUAUAAUUUAGGUGGUCAAUAGCCAGGAGGAUAGCAAUAAGGUGGAAUACCACAAGGAGGCAUGCAAUAAGGUGGACAAUAAGGUGGAUAAUAAGGUGGACAAUAAGGUGGACAAUAAGGUGGAUAAUAAGGUGGUCCAUAAACUGGAGGAAAGGCGAAGAAAUGUUAACCAACACAAUCAUAAUAGGGAUAAUAAUAAGGACAACAAUAAUAAUAAUAACCUAGUCAAUAAACUGUGCCCGGGAAUCAGAUUCCUGGUUAAUAAGUUUAAUAAACAAACUAAUAAUAACCUGCAGGAUAAUUUCCUGGUGGAAACUAACAACCUGGUGGAUUUUAAUAACCAGGGGGAGCUUAAUAACCAGGAGGUUCCUAAUAACAAGGUGGGCUUUAACAGCCAGGAGGAGCCUAACAACCAGGAGGAAGCUAACAACAAGGCGGAUUUUAAUAACCAGGAGGAUCCUAAUAGCCAAGCAGUACCUAAUAGUCAGGAGGAGUCUAAUAGCCAGGCAGUACUUAAUAACCAGGUGGAACCACAUAAUAAGGUAGCACUUAAUAGCCAGGUGGACCUUAAUAAUAAGGUGGAGUCUAAUAACCAGGAGGCACUUAAUAACAAGGAGGAGUUUAAAAACCAACUGGUCCUUAAUAGUAAGGAGGAUAAUUUCCUGGAUAAUAAUAAGGAGGUUAGCAAUAAGGAUAAAUAGGAUAAUCAGGUUAACAAUAAGGAUAAAUGGGAUAAUCUGGUUAAUAAUAAGGAUAAAUGGGAUAAGCUGGCUAAUAAUAAGGACAAACAGGAUAAGGAUAAAUGGGAUAAGGACAAGGAUAAUUUGGAUAAGGAUAAACCGGAUAGGGUUAAGGAUAAAUGGGAUAAGGCUAAGGAUAAAUGGGUUAAGGGCAAGGAUAAAUGGGAUAAGGGUAAGGACAAGGAUAAAUGGGAUAAGGGUAAGGACAAGGAUAAAUGGGACAAGGGUAAGGAUAAGGAUAGAUGGGUUAAGACUAAGGAUAAAAACCUUAAGGACCUCCUUAAUCAAAAGGAUAAUGGGCUCAAGAUUCAGUAUAGUAACAACAAUGUGUUGAAGUUGAAGUGACUUGUGCUGAGAAUGAAAUAGUGUUCAAAGACAGAUGCAUUGCUUAAACCUGUGAAAACUUAGAUAAAGUUUAAAGCAAAUAGGAAGGUGGAAAGAAGAUGCUCCCAAUGAAGUUUGAUGGAAAAGCUGACUUCAAUGAUAAUAAAGAUGUUGUUGUAUAAUUGGCGUUCCCUGAUAACAAAGAGAAGCCACUUGUUAAAUCAGACGGAAAUGCCAAUGCUUGUAUAGAUAGAUAAAUUUACAGAUAUAGACCAAGUUUCUUAAGUGAAACAUUAGAUGAUUCAACAGUUACAAGCAGUUAUGAUGAUGAUAAAUAAUUAAGAAUUUGGGAAUUUACAAUAUUGAACACAGAUAUUGAUAGCAAGUUAUUCAAAGAUGAAUAAUCAGAUAAGGUUGUUUAUACUGGUUACUACUCAGUCAAACUAACAAUCCAGGAGAAGAAAUUGGUUUAAUUUUACUUCACAUUCUUUGUAGCAGUGGACUUAAAUGGUAAUGUCUUAACAGCCCAAGCCACAUCUGAAGCAUAAGAUGAUACUCCUGCUUGUGCAACUGAAGAUAAUUGUGUUUCAAGAGCAGAAACUGAAGUAGGAUUUUGUAGUGACUAAACUUGUUCAACCCUUGUUGAUUAGCCAUAAGUUUAUGCUGGUUAAAAUUUCUAUGUUGUUUAAAGAGUAAAAUAAUCCGGAUUUGAGAAAUGGAAAGUUGGAGAUGCUGAUGUUACUAUUACAGGUGAUGGAGUUAAUAAAAAAUUGAAGCCAACCUAGUAGCAAAAAUCACCUGGAUAAACUAUUUAUAUUUUAAAUGUCGAUAUUCUCGCUAAUAAUGUUGAAUUCUCAGUCAAUGGUAAACUUGAAGAUCCAAAUUCAGCCCGUAGAUUCAGAUUUUUAGAAGAUGCUACUACAACUGAUGGUGCUGAAGUCUCUUCUGCCAAAGCUGUUGGUUCAACUACAUUAGAAUGCAUAAAAAAGGAUGCCAAUUCUUCAUGCCCAACUCCUGAAGAAGCUAAAGCAUAUAACAAACCAGAUUGUGGAACAAUUGGAUAAAUAUCAUGCGAAAGCAAUAAUAGUAUCAUCUCAUCUUUAGUGAUUUUUGCAAUUGUUCUGCUAGUACAAUGAUACAUA